AACUUCCGUUCAGUUCACCUCUGUCUGUCGGUUUAUCGAAUAAAACUUAUGAAACGUCUUUGUGAAUUAACCAUGUAAAAAAUACAUCCAUAUAUAUGCACAUUUGCCAAAUAUAGAAUGUAACCGGAUAUUUAAGAUUUAUCGACUGUAUUCUUAUUUUAUUUUUUCUAACAUCGCAACAAGUUAUUUACAAAUGGCGUCUAAUUUUAAAUGCAAAAUAUUGCUUUGGAAGUAAGAACCGAAGUUAGAUUAUAUUGGAUGUCAAAGCGAUAAGUUGUGUGCUUCCAGGAAAAUAGCAGAUGACAAUAAUUUGAAGGAAGAGUGAACAACCAACCAUGGCAUCCUCGGGGAAUUACUACAACUUCUAUCCCAGUGAAAUGUGUGUGCCAGUCACUGUUGAUUUAGUACAGGAGGAUUUCUCAGUCGAUUCGGCAUGGAUGGCAGGUGCUUUUUUUCUUGGAUUAUUUCUUGGUGCGCUUUUCACAGCAAUAUGUGUUCCUUUCUGUUUGAAAGAUCUGGAGAAGAAAAAGAGACAAGAAGAUGAAGAAGCCAUGUUAAAGGAAGCAGAAACUACCCAAACAACAGCAUAUCUGGUCAAGAAAAAAUCUCCUGGAGACAAGACAGACCGCAGUCAGACUGGGAAGUCUGGCAGAGGUGGAAAGAAAGUCACAAAGAGGGAGAUUGAGGGAGAAUCUGGUGAGGAGGAUGAGAGUCGACCUUUACUGGUCACACCAGCACUCUCAGGGACUGAUGGACUGGGGAAAAUCAUGACAAACUUCCACAGUGAGGAUGCUGAAAAUGAGAUGAUGAAACAAGACCUCAAGAGAGUUGAAAGUUUAGCCUUAGCUCUACAGCUGGCAAAAGAUCAGGUUCUGUAUAACAUGGUUAAAAAACAGCUGAAGAAACUGAAAGUCGGAGAACAGGCACGAUCAAUUAUUGAGAGGAAUUUGAAGGAGGAUCUUUCAAACAGGAGGAAAAUUCUGGAGGAUGAGAGGAAGGAGGAGGAACAGAUUAUCAGACAGUGUCAUGUCAAAGACAAGGAUACCUCUGUUAUGGAGGAUGAGCUGGAACGACUAGAUGCAAAAACCAACCAGAAAUUGGCUCGCAUUCAUGAGGAGGAAGGUGACUUCAUCAAAAAGGAGAUCAGCAAGCAAUCAGAACUCACAGAUAAAGAGAUCGAUGCCUUGAUGGAAAAGUUGUUAUCAGAAAUGUCAGAGGUUGACAGAAAACAAGCACUACAGUUGUUACGGCAACAAAGGGCACUUGAGGAGAGGUUGGCGAAGCGCAGACAGAUUAUAGCCAUGAGAAAGCUUCAGGACCAACAGGAGACUGAUGUUGUCAUUCAGAAUGUGGAGAGUCACGAAGAUGCUCUCAAACAGCUGGUGCAGGACGGGAAACUCCAGGAGAAGAAAAAGAACCAGAUUCUUAAUGAGUACAUGCAGGACCUCAACCGACUGACCAAAGCCAGAGAUCUGGAAUGUCAGAGACAACAGCUGGCUCUGGAGGAAAAACUUGCUAAGCGCCGGAGAAGGGAACUGCAGAAACUCUCGCAGGAACAGGAAAAGGAAGAGCAGUUCUUCUUACAGAACACGGAGAAAUCCACAGACACAAAAGGCCUGGCAGAUAACUAUCUGGAAUUAAAGGAGAAACACCAACUGGAAAUGGAUCAAAAAGAACUCCAACUGGACCAAGACGAAUUACAGGCACUGGACAAAAUCCGCAUGGAAGCAAUGGAGGUGAAGGAAAAGGAGAUUGAGAAUCAUAAUGAAAAAGUGGUUACCACAAUCACAGAAGUCGUAGGAGUGGAUCACAAGUUUGAUGUGGACAGACUGAUCAAGGCACACAAGAAGAGGAUGCAACAGUACGAAGAGGACAGAUUGGAAGAAAGGAACAAGUUUGCAGCGAGACUGAAAGAAAGACUAAAUGACAGAAUGGCAAAACUUGAGGAGGAGGAGGAAGCUCAACAGCAGGAACAGGAUGCUCUCGUCGUCCAGCAGACGGCAACCGUCAACAAAGUCCUCACAUCCAGUAUGGAGCUCGCAGAAGAGGCAAAGGAGAAGAUUUUAAGAGAACAUGAACACAACCUGCAAGUCAUCAACAACCAACUGCAAGUCAGUCGACUCAAGCAGCAGAAAAGCCUGGAGAACAAGUUGGCAGAAAAGCGAGCACGAAUGGCAGAGAUCAGACGCAAAAAAGAGGAAACUCUGAUGAACAAAGCGAAGGCAAAUCUGGUGGAGCGGGGAAAAUACCAACAGGAACUGGAUGCAGAGCUCCAGCUGGAGGAGAAACGUCUUGAGGAUGAGCGGCGGGCAGCGCUGGCUGCACUGAGGCGCAGAAUGGCCGCUGAGACUCAGGAGGCCCUGAAAGAGCAGGAGAAACGACUAGGAUUGUUGAUUGGUCGACUGGAGGUCGGAACAGCACGAAGACAGGCUAUACUCAGCAAGCAGGAUGCAACAUUACAAAAUCUACAGGAGCAGCUCGAGAACAAACUGACCAGAGAAGGAAGUCGCCUGACAGGGGUAGAUGUUAUAAUACAACAACAUUCGUCUCAAGUGGAUCAAUUAAACGACCAACUACAGCGGGCUCGAGAACACCAGGAAAAUCUUAUCAAGGAGAAAAUCAUGGCUAAGAAACAUCAAAAAGAAAUGGAACUAAGAGAGCAAAUUCAGGACGAUCGGGAAAUUAACAAAAAUUCUUCUAUUCGAAGACGAGGAGCAGGUAAAGCCAGUAAUAUCCUGAAUACUGCAUUCAUGGAGCAGCGUCACAAGAAACAAAGAGAAGAGCUGGAGAGUGAGAUGAAAUUAGAGUUAGAGAAAAGCAAGGAGGAACUCAAUCAACAGCUGGAGAAUGAGCUACAAACAGAACUGGAGAACCAGAGACGAGAAUUACUGACCCAGUUAACUGCAGCAAGCGGCAUGUCUCGAUCUGAAGUAGAAAGUACCAUUAAAUCGGCCGUUCAAGACACUGGUGGGAAUGAUAAGGCAGCCAAGAAGCUGGCGAAAGAGCUGAGGCAUGGAAUGGAGAGAGCGAAAACUGACAUGAACUACGGCAUGGAUGAGGAUUACCUAGCAUCGCGAGAUGUUUACGGAAUCGAUGACCUUCAGCCCGUCCAAGGUCGUCCUGCUUCAUCAGGGGGAAAGGUCAAAAAGGGAAAGAAGAAAAAACAGGGGCGUUCAGCUGUUGUUCCUGAACCAACCGAGGGGUGGACACACUAUGAUGACGACGAUGAUUUAUUGUGAGGGGACUCGUGGAAGGCCUAGGUUCAGGAGGGUGAUGAUGAUGAUGGUGAUGACGAUGAUGAUAAUGAUGAUGAUGAUGAUGAUGAUGAGUUGUAAGGGGACGGUGACCUAUUUAGAGGCUGUUAAGUUUAGACUCCUGACUAUUUAUAGUCUUCUGUAUAUUAACUCUGCUCAUACAAUUUAUAUGGAUAUACAUUUGUUUGUAUAAUUAAGACACAUUUUAUAUUGUUUACCAUAAUUAAGGCCAGAACUAAUUAGACAUACCAUUUUAUUUUGUGGAUAUGUGGGUAUUGUAAUGCUUUAUUUUUUGGUCUAAAUUAAUUUUUAUGUCCCCCCCCCCUACCCUUUGAAAAGAGGGGGGGGGGGGCAUAUUGUUUUGCACCUGUCAGUCGGUCUGUAUACCAAGUCUUCUCCACUCAAUAUCUUAGUACAUUUUAUUGAGACUGCUCUUUUUAUAAGGAAUGGUCACUAAAGGGAAAUGACCAAUAUUUUUAACCAACAAAAUCAGUGUGUUUACUGUGAAAAUAUUCUACAAGAUCUGGAGAAUUUAUGAUUUAUAUAAUUUCUUGGAAGUUGUAAAAAUGACAGCUUUAGUAAUCUGUCAGUCUGAGAUUGGUCAGGCUAUCAGCUGGAAGAGAACAUUGUAUUAGUUAAAACACAAUUUUAUUUUGUUAUUUUUGUCAUUACUUUAAUUAUAUUAACACGAAUGAUAGAAGCACACUGUAUAUACUAUAUAACCUUGGUGUAUUGAUUUGAAAUACUGCUUCAUGAAUUCACCAAGAUCAACACUUUAUGCUUUUUUUCUCGCUCAUCUAAAAGACGGGCUCAGAAUGUAUCUAAAUUAUUAAUUUUGCACAGGGUCUAUCGUGAAGAAGCAGUGAGAAAGCGAUAGGUUUUAUGAUAAUUAUUUAUCUCCCAAUUCAUUACAAUUAAGCUGAUUAAUAGAUGGUCCUUGUUGUCCAGUUUAAUGCAUGGACUUCUUGCUUCCUAACAUAAUAUCCCAAUAGAUACAUUACUUGAUAUUUACGCUGUAUAAUUCACAUUAGUUCCCUAAUUAUCAGCAAAUCUUAUCGUAUUUUUGGAUCAUUGAGAUUAUUGUAUUGUGAUAUUACAUUGUGAUUUGCAUUUUUCAUCAUAUCAAUCACUGUUUGCAAUCGAUCAUGACGUGAUUAGAAAUUCUUUGUCAUCUAAUAUUGUAUGAUGAGGUCACUGGAUUAAUGUAUCUAUAGAACUGCUUGUGAUUAUUGAAUGCGACAUUGAUAUUGUCUCUGUGAUUCUGUCUCUCUGUGAUUGCAUGUGUUAUAUUUCGGGAUAUUUGUGAAUAUUUUAAUUUACUCGGCUGUUAUGUUUCGGGAUAUUUGUGAUUUUAACAUGGGGCUGUCAUAUUUUGUGAAUAUUUUAACUGGGGCUGUCAUAUUUCGGGAUAUUUGUGAAUAUUUUAAUUUACUCGGCUGUUAUGUUUCGGGAUAUUUGUGAUUUUAACAUGGGGCUGUUAUAUUUUGGGAUAUUUGUGAAUAUUUUAACUGGGGAUGUAAAUUUUUGAGAUAUUUGUGAAUAUUUUAACUGGGGCUGUAAUAUUUUGGGAUAUUUGUGAAUAUUUUGACUGGGGGUGUAAUAUUUUGGGAUAUUUGUGAAUAUUUCAACUAGGGCUUUUAUAUUUUGGGGUAUAUUUGUGAAUAUUUUGCCUGGGUUUUUUAUAUUUUGGGGUAUAUUUGUGAAUAUUCUAACUGGGACUGUUAUAUUGUAAAUAUUAUAACUAUAGGGUUGUUAUAUUUUGGGGUAUAUUUGUGAAGAUUAUUUCUGGGGCUGUUUACACCCCUGUCCAGAACAGCAGCUUCAAUGUCCUUCACUACACACAAUUUCGUCUCCAUUUCAUAGUGAAGAUUAUUCCUGUUGUUGUAAUGAUUGGCAUAUCUGUUUUUGUUUUAAUUUUUAGCGUUUUAGAACUGGAAACAAUACAACUGACCUUCCUAGCUCUUCAAUUUCUGGGUCAACAGAGUCAUUCUGGCGUCCUGUUAUAAUCAGGGUCAGUCAGUUGUCUUCCACCAUCAGUUAGAGACAGCAAUGUGUCUUUUCAAAAACCUUUAAUUUUGUCAAUUCUUAUUCAAACUCAGGUUAACAUAUGAGAAUUACAUUUUUUAAGGAUGGACCCAAUUCCCCUAAUCAUCGGGUCUUAAGAGCAGGGCUAGCUUGCUAUGAUCUAAAUACACUAUAUAUCGAUCAUCAUACUUUUCUGUAAGUGAUCCUUAGUAGCCAUGGAACUUAAAUCUCUUACCCCCAGGUCAUUAAUUUCACAAUCCUUGGAGGGGGUCAUACAUGUAUGCCUAAUAUGACUGACAGAAUGUACAUAUGUAUUUAUAUUACCGGUAAUGAUCAAAGAGGUUCAUGACCUGAGGUUAAGGGACUUGUGUUAUAGUCAUUCUGAGGCGAGAUAGGGACAACUCAUAUACAAUUAUACAUGUAUUUAUUUUCAAUAUGCUCAUUCAUAUAACAUGAUGUGCAAAAAAAGACGGCAUCCACCUCAUUUAUGUAUUUUUUAUGUUUAAUUAUUGCUAAUAUUGAUUUGAAAUCCAAGAUUACUACUAGGGGGAUUAACUAACGUACAACAUACUUCCCUGUGUCAUUCAGUGGAACAUCCACUUUCUGUGGUACCAGUCGACCAUCAAGCCCGUCUAUAUGUAGCUCUCAAUGCACCCAGAUAAUAUUUAGCUGACUUGAACACAUUAUAAUGCAUUGCAACACUUUUUUAUUUGGAAGGAUUUUACAACUUUAUUCAUUUUGCAUUAUGUGAUCUUUUUCAAUAAACUAUUCAAAUAGUCA